GUACGCGAUAAAAGCCAACGAAAAAAGUGUUGGUUUCCUCGAUCUACAAUUAGGGUUUGGGCGAAUAAUCGAGAUCUGAAAAUGGCGAUGAGGAGCUUUUUCAACGAGAUCAGGGGAAUGAAGGUGAAAGACGUGCCGAAGCACGUGAAGCCGAUGGUGACGACAAGCAACGCCAAGAAUUUCAUCCAGCGAGCAUUGGAUAAUUACCAUGCCAAAUACAUUCAGACCGACUCCAUCGUUCCGCUCUAUCACGUCUGCUUUGGUGGCAUGAUCUUCUCUUACCUUGUUGCCCUUCCUGAGGAGCGUCGUCAUCUCGAGCACCAGCAACACGCCAAAGGCCAUUGAGUUGCUCAGGUAUUGGGAGGGAGCAUCAGAGCCAUAUUUAAAUAAAUGAAUUUCCUUUUAUUGUUGUAUGCGUUAAGGAAGGAAUAACAAAACACAUGUUGUUUGGACAUCAUUUCUAAUCAUUAAACCUUUCCGUUAUUAUUUUUCUUUGCAAUGUAUUUCAAAUCCAUGGUGUGAUGAAAGAGAAAAAGUUGGUUUGUUGGUUGGUUGGUGAAAAAUAAAUAAAACUUUUAAGCUUUC